AAAAUGAGGGAGGGCGUGGAUUUAGCAAGGCCUGUUUGCUCAGAUUCUUCUUGGUGUUCCUGUGUGACAUUUCUCCCCAUCUGGGUAUAGGGCAGGACGCCUGUCACAUGAGGGUCUUCAGGGGAGAAGGAGGGGAGAGGUCACAGACUGACCUUCCUGGCGGCCUGCUUCAGAGAAGAAGGAUGAGGGGAAGAUGAGAGUGGCCAUCCUGCUUCUGCAGUUUUUUGCAUUUCUAAGGGUCUGAAGAGCUGCUCAGGGCCAACCCUGCACUGGAGACAGGAAGCCGGGCACGUGGAUGAGCCUCUGACCCACAGGCUCAUCUGAGAACUAGACACUCAGUCACUCCAGCUCCACGGGCAGGCACCUGCACAGAGGAGCUGUGAGGAUGGCGCACCUGCUGGGCAGCCAGGCCUGCAUGGACAGCCUGCGCACAGACCUCACCGACCUGCAGGGUGCCAUCGUAGACGUCUUCUCCCGCGCCGGGCCUGUGCGCUUCCCCUCCUGGAAGUUCCCUGACCGCAUGGCCUGUGACCUCGACAUGGUGGCCCUGCUGGAGCACUAUGACCAUGUUCCGGGUGACCCCGAGUUCACGCAGCUGUCCCAUGUUGUGCUGCUGGAGCUGGUCAUCGACAGGCUCCUGCUGCUGCUUCAAAGCUGCAUGAGCUACUUGGAGAACCUUGGCUCCGAGCAGAUGAUGCCCCCUGCACGGGCUACGGGGCCCUGCAUGUCCGUGGGGCUCACGGUGCGGCGCUUCUGGGAUAGCCUGCUGAAGCUAGGCACGCUCCACCAGCAGCCACUCCCCGAGAAAGGGGCAAACCAAAGAGAGACUCCCACCUCCAAGCCCACCAAGGGCGAGCCAGCCAGGAGCCCUGAAUGUCUGCCUGCCAAGUUCAUCAAGCCCUCCUCCCCAGUGCCAGGCUUGCCCCAGACCUGCCAAGAGCCAGAGAGCAUCCCUGUCAAAGCCUCCCUGCAGUUCCCAGGCACGACCUCCAGGAACACCAGGAGUGUCUACUCCCAGACCAUUGAGACGGCCCUGGUGCCCUGUGACGCAUGCGCCAGCGUCCAGGGAAGCCUGCAGAAGGUGGGCAAGGCGGUCAUCAGCCUGUGUCAGAGCCAGAACUUGCCUUCAUCCUUAGGCCAGUUCCAGCAACUGGUACAGGACAGCAUGGGGCUCAGGCCACUGCCGGCUGCAACAGUGGGCCGCUGGGCAGCAGAGCAAAGGAAAGACCUGAAGCGCCUCAGUAAGCACGUGGAGGCCCUCAGGGCCCAGCUGGAGGAGGCCGAGGGGCAGAAGGAUGGCCUGAGGAAGCAGGCGGGCAAGCUGGAGCAGGCGCUGAAACAGGAGCAGGGGGCGCGGCGGCGACAGGCAGAGGAGGAUGAGCAGUGCCUGUCCGAGUGGGAGCGUGACAAACAGCAGCUGCUCACAGAAACAAGUGACCUAAAGACAAAGAUGGCCACCCUGGAGAGAGAACUGAAACAGCAGCAGGAGUCCACGCAGGCUAUGGAGACAAAGGCCCAGCAGCUGCAGGAGGAAGGCGAGCGCAGGGCGGCAGCAGAGAGGCAGGUGCAGCAGCUGGAGGAGCAGGUGCAGCUGUUGGUGGGUCGGCUGGAGGGCGCUGGCCAGCAGAUCUGCUGGGCCAGCACGGAGCUGGAUAAGGAGAAAGCCCGUGUUGACAGCAUGGUCCGCCACCAGGAGUCUCUGCAGGCCAAGCAGCGAGCCCUGCUAAAGCAGCUGGACAGCCUGGACCAGGAACGUGAGGAGCUGCGGGGCAGCCUGGAUGAGGCUGAGGCCCAGCGGGCCCACGUGGAGGAGCAGCUGCAGAGUGAGCGGGAGCAGGGGCAAUGCCAGCUCAGGGCCCAGCAGGAGCCAGGCCUGAGCCUCCCCCUGCCCCAGGAGCUGCUGCAGAGCCUGCAGAGGGAGAAGCAAGGCCUGGAGCAGGCGACUACGGACCUGCGGCUAACCAUCCUGGAGCUAGAGCGGGAGCUGGUGGAGCUGAGGGAGCGGGAGCGGCUGCUGGUGGCCUUCCCAGACCUGCACCAGCCCACCGAGACCCACAUCCAGAUCCAUGGUCCUGUCCCAUUGGGCACAGGAGGCAGAUCCAGCAGCGUGGAAUCCCAGAUAACAUGUCCCACAGACUCUGGCAACGUCACAGAUCACAUGGAGAGGCAAGUGCAGGCCAACGACAUCCGCAUCCAGGUCCUGCAGGAGGAGAACGGGCGGCUCCAAUCAAUGCUGUCCAAAAUCCGGGAAGUGGCCCAGCAGGGUGGCCUCAAGCUGAUCCCGCGGGACCGGCUCUGGUCCCCUUCUAGCAAGGGAACCCAGGGAGCAACACAGCCAGUCCAGGCCCAGAGCACAUCCCCAGGGCCCUUGGGCAGACAGCACCUUCCUGGCAGCAAGACGGGCAGGACCCUGCUGGGCCAGCCCUGCGCAUCCCCACCUCGGCAGCAGCCCUGCGCAUCCCCACCUCGGCAGCAGCCCUGCGCAACCCCACCUCGGCAGCAGCCCUGCGCAUCCCCACCUCGGCAGCAGCCCUGCGCAUCCCCACCUCGGCAGCAGCCCUGCGCAUCUCCACCUCGGCAGCCCUGCGCAUCCCCACCUCGGCAGCCCUGCAGCCAGCCCAGCAAGUCCUUGCUGGAGGGUGUGACCCACUUGGAUACCUGCACCCAGAACCCCAUCAAGGCCUUGGUCAGGCUGAGGAAGAGACUGUCACCUGGCCGGGGACAGGCCAGCUCUGCACACCAGCCCCAGGAGCGGCCCAUGUAGCCUGUGGCAGUGCUGAGGCUGGAUGGCAGGUGGCUGGUAGCCCACCUGCCGUAAUAAAGCCCCGGCCAUUGGCCCACAGCAGUCUUGGCCUCACAGUAUGACUG